UGCACACGAGAGGAUGUGAAAAACAGCCUGCCGCGCGCGGAAUAUAGUGAAAGAAGAAAAAAGAAGCAAUCAUCAUUAUUUCCAUUUGAAAUUAAAAGAAAUAAAUUGUUCAAGAAGAAAAGAGAGUCUCUUUUGUGUGAAAAUAAUUCAACAGAGAGUGUGUGUGUGUUUCUGAGUGCAAUACUUAAAUUUACAAAAUAUAAAUAAAUAAAUUUUUAAGUGGUGUUUAUUAUUUCCUACUGUGUUUUUUGUUAAUAUAUCCUGCCGCUGCUGUUUUUGUUGCAGUUUGAGACGACGACAUACAAAAAGGAAUACAGAAAUAUUUGGUCAUCAUUUCAUUUCAAAGGAAGGCAAAGGAAUACGUUGAUGACAAUAUAGCUACCAACCAAGCAAAUCAGCAACAUUAAUGAGGAAAUAUCUUAGCCGUAACGACGACGAAGACAACAACAAAAAGAAAAACAUCGACGUCUAGGGCGAGAUCAAAAGAAACGGCUGUAAAUUAACAAAGCAAACCAUUUAAACCCUUCUUGGCAAAUAAAUCAAAUUUUGUUAGAAAUUCAAUUUCAAGGCCAACCCGAAUCGACAAUUCUUAGAACAAAUCUGUGAAGACUGAAUUCUGUGACAAUGCUGGUCGGAGUUGCUGGAGAUGAGACGAGAAAUGUGUUUUCCCUGAAUACGCCUUAUUAGCCAACGGGGAACGCAAAACGCAAGUAUCGUCCAACGCAACGAACAAGUGUAUGCGUGUUGUUGGUUGGUGUACUUGUUGUUUAAAUCUCUAACUACCUAUUUAGCCGGCCAUCUACCUAGCUACCUAUCCACCCUCUACCAAACGACCUACCUCUCUCUACGUCCUUUGUUCGCUUGCUCCAGUUAGGAGCAGCUGUGUGUGUGUGUGCAAUCACAUUAAAAUCACUUGUACAAAUAUUUAUUCAAACUGGCGGACCGAGAAGUAAACUAUUCCCUGGCAGCGUCGGGGUCCUAUGGCGGCAGUGCCCAACAGCUGAGUAAACGAAGGCGUAUCUAUGCCUCAACGGGUAGUGCUGCCAAUAUCACCAUGGACCGGGAGAGCCUUAGCGAAUGGGCUAAGGACAAACCGUUGAGCAUUUUACAAUUGGAUCCGGCAGAUCGUGCUGUUCUGCGCAUAGCAGAUGAACGCGAUGCCAUUCAAAAGAAGACAUUCACAAAAUGGGUCAAUAAACAUCUCAAAAAGGCCAAUCGACGUGUUGAAGAUUUAUUUGAAGAUUUACGCGAUGGACACAAUUUACUCUCUCUUCUGGAAGUGCUUUCUGGCGAACACUUGCCCAGAGAAAAGGGAAAAAUGCGUUUCCAUAUGCUGCAAAAUGCCCAAAUGGCAUUGGAUUUUCUACGCUACAAAAAGAUAAAAUUGGUUAACAUCAGAGCAGAGGAUAUUGUCGAUGGCAAUCCCAAACUGACACUCGGUUUGAUCUGGACAAUUAUUUUACACUUCCAGAUCUCCGAUAUUGUUGUUGGCAAAGAAGACAAUGUAUCAGCACGUGAGGCACUUUUGCGUUGGGCCCGUCGCUCUACUGCUCGGUAUCCGGGAGUUCGUGUCAACGAUUUUACAUCGUCAUGGCGCGAUGGUUUGGCAUUCUCAGCCCUGGUUCAUCGUAAUCGACCGGACUUGCUUGACUGGCGAAAGGCAAGAAACGAUCGACCAAGAGAACGCUUGGAGACUGCAUUCCAUAUUGUUGAAAAGGAAUAUGGCGUCACUCGCCUAUUGGAUCCCGAAGAUGUUGACACCAACGAACCCGAUGAGAAAUCUUUGAUUACCUAUAUAUCAUCGCUGUAUGAUGUAUUCCCAGAACCACCAGCCAUUCAUCCACUCUUCGACAUGGAAUCACAACGCCGUGUCCAUGAAUAUCGCGAUCUGGCACAACAGUUCAUCUAUUGGUGCCGUGAAAAGACAGCAUACUUGCAGGAUCGCUCCUUCCCGCCCUCUCUAAUCGAGCUGAAGCGUUUGCUGAAUGAUCUACACACCUUCCGCAACGAAGAGGUAUCGGCUCGCAAACGCGAAAAGUCGAAAUUGAUACAAAUCUACAAAGAACUCGAACGUUACUUUGAAAGUAUCGGUGAGAUCGAUGUAGAGGCCGAUUUGCGACCUGAGGCCAUCGAAAAGGCUUGGUAUCGGAUGCAAACCGCCAUGCAGGAUCGCGACAUGAUUCUGCAACAGGAAAUUGAACGUUUGGAACGUUUGCAACGUCUUGCCGACAAGGUGCAGCGUGAAAUUAAACACGUUGACAUGAAAAUUACCGAUUUGGAGACGCGCAUUACCGAGGAGGCCAGACACAUUGAAACUCUGCACCCAGUCAAUGCCAAGAAUAUUGUCGAAUCCUUGGAAACGGAAAUCCGUCUCCUGGAAGAACCUCUGCAUGACAUGAAUCAGGAUUGUCACGUACUCAACGAAGGACGCUAUCCACAUGCCGCAGAACUACACAAAAAGGUCACUAAGCUUCAUCAACGCUGGGCUCAGCUACAAACUACAUUCCACACAGUUCUGUUACCAAAGUUAUCCGGACUGAAGUAUCCCGUCCAUGAAAAGACCACAACACGCCAACAUCGCAUUGUAGUCGAAUCACGCCAAAUCGAAACAAAUCCCCUCUUCAAAGACCUGUUGGAACACAUUGAAUGGUGCCAAAACAAAUUGAAACAAAUGCUUGCCGCCGAUUACGGCUCCGAUCUGCCCUCCGUGAAAGAGGAGCGCGAUCGCCAACAACAUGCCCACAAAGUCAUCGAUCAAUUCCAUGCUAAAAUACUCAACGACGAACGCCAACAGAGUAAGUUCUCUGGCGAUGAACUGAAUCUGUACCAGCAACGCUUGAACCAAUUGCAAAAGGUAUAUGCCGAACUAUUGAGCACAUCAACGAAGCGUCUGUCCGAUUUGGAUACGCUGGAGAACUUCUUGGCUCAGGCCUCGGCUGAGUUGCAGUGGCUCAAUGAAAAGGAACAAAUCGAAAUAACACGUGACUGGGCCGACAAGAACUUAGAUUUGGCCUCUGUGCACAGAUACUAUGAGAAUCUUAUGUCGGAAUUGGAAAAACGUGAAUUACAUUUCGGUACCAUACUGGAUCGCGGUGAAACGCUACUCAGACAACAGCAUCCCGCAUCCAAGUGCAUUGAAGCUCACUUAACAGCCUUGCAGCAACAAUGGGCAUGGCUUUUGCAAUUGACCCUCUGCCUGGAAGUCCACUUGAAACAUUCCACCGAAUAUCAUCAAUUCUUUGCUGAAAUUAAGGAUGCCGAACAAUGGCUGAGCAAACGCGAUGAAAUUCUAAACAGUGAAUAUUCCAAGUCAGAAUUUGGCCUGGAUCAAGGCGAGGCAUUGUUGCGUGGCAUGCAAGAUUUGCGCGAGGAAUUGAAUGCCUUUGGUGAAACGGUGGCCCAACUUCAGCAUCGAGCCCAAACUAUUGUACCUUUGAAUAAACGACGUCAACCAGUGAACCGUCAAAGCCCAGUUCAGGCCAUAUGUGCCUACAACCAACAAGGACAAAUUCCUGUCGAAAAGGGUGAAACUUGUACCCUCCUCGAUAAUUCGGGACGUGUCAAAUGGCGCGUACGUACCACAAAGGGCCAAGAAGGUUUGGUGCCCAGUGCUUGCCUACUUAUGCCACCACCAGACAAAGAAGCCAUCGAUGCUGCCGAACGUCUCAAGCGGUUAUUCGAUCGUUCUGUCAGCCUCUGGCAAAAGAAACAUUUACGCCUACGACAAAAUAUGAUCUUUGCCACCAUACGAGUUGUCAAGGACUGGGACUUUGAUCAGUUCUUGGCCAUGGGACCAGAACAGCGUACCGCUAUACGUAGAGCAUUGAAUGAUGAUGCAGAUAAACUGCUUAGUGAAGGCGAUCCCAACGAUCCACAAUUGAGGCGUUUGAGACGUGAAAUGGAUGAAGUUAAUCGUCUGUUUGAUGAAUUCGAAAAGAGAGCUAGAGCGGAAGAGGAAAGUAAACAAGCCAGUCGCAUCUUCACCGAAGAAUGCAUUGCCAUUAAGGGUAAAUUGGAAGAUAUGGCCCGUGAAUUGGAGCAAAUCAUAAGUGCUCCUCUGCCCCGUGAUUUGGAUUCUUUGGAACAUGUUUUGGAAAUUCAUGCCGAUUACGAGAGACGUCUGCAACUUUUGGAACCAGAAUUGCAACAUCUGCAAGAGACCUUCCGUACCAUUGCAUUGAAAACACCAGCUCUCAAAAAGAGUUUGGAUAAUUUGAUGGUCUUGUGGAAGGAAUUGAAUACGCUCAGCAACUUGCACAAGGAUCGCCUCAAACUGUUAGAAGCUUCUCUGGCUGGCCUAGAGGACAAUGAACAUUUCAUAUCGGAAAUUGAAAAUCAACUUGCCAAACAUCAAGACCUUCCCUCGACACCAGAACGUUUAGAAAUGGUCUUCAAACAAUUGACACAUAUGCAAGACUUGAUCACACAACAGCAGCCACAAAUGGACAAAAUGACCGAUGCUGCUGAUCAAUUGGGUCGCAUGGGUGUACCGACAAAAGUAUUGGGCGAUUUGAAACGUUUACAUGCAAAUGUUGAACGUUUGAAUACUCGUUGGAGUGCAAUAUGCAAUCAAUUGGCAGAGAGAAUGCGUUCAUGCGAAAACGCCAUUGGCCUUAUGAAGAAUCUCCAAUCAAGCGUGCAAGUCGAAGAAUCAUGGGUAGAUGGCACCACGGAAAGAUUGUCAGCCAUGCCUACGGCUACCUCAGCUUAUGAAUUGGAUAAAUUGCUGGGAGCUGCUAUCGAACGAAAACCUAAAAUCGAAAAUGUCAACUUGGCUGGAGGCAAACUAAUAAGAGAAGCAAAGAUCUACGAUGGUAAAUGUCUGCGCUUCAUCGACUGGCUAUUGGAAGCGCGUCCCUCAUUUUCACCACCACGUCGUGAUCUACGUCCCGCAGAUAGUGAUCCCGGCGCAACACAGUAUUACAGCCAACGUUUGGACAUUUUAAAUACGAAAUACGAUCGAUUGUUGGAACAAUUAUCACAGCGUCUAAAGACGGCUAUCGAAGUUAACGGUAGCGAUGGUUUGCAAUACGCUGAAAGUUUGCAGAAACCACUGAAAACCUUCCGCGUAGAUUUCAGCGCCAACAACGUACCGACUGGCGAAGGCUACGUUGCACGCGAUGAAGAUCUUUUUACAACAACAUACAGCACAUCACAAUUUAGCACAACAAAAACCACAAAGAGUGUCUACGACGCUACCGACUAUGUACACACAACGACAACCACUACGAAUGGGACCGGUGCAGGAGCCGGUUCCGUUCCCAGCACCUCGAAACAGUCGCAGAUCCAAUUCAACGAAAUUCACAGCCUGAAACGUGUUCAGACGAGAAACGAAAAUGUUGGAACUGGCGGCGAUACAACAAACAUUAAACAUUUGUUGGAUAUAACCGGCAUUAGAGAUCCACGAACAGGUCGCGUUCUAACCAUUGGCGAUGCCAUACAAAUGCGACUGCUCGAUGUGCGCACUGGAGAGAUGAUAGUUGGCGACAAGCGAAUUUCUUUGGAAGAGGCUGUGAAACAGGGUCUAAUCGAUGCCACACUGGCACACCAGCUCUUGCAGCCAGGCGCUGCUCGUGAUGGCAAUGGCCGAGAGCUAUCACUUUUGGAAGUGAUCCAGCGCGAGAUAAUCGAGGCCGAGUCGGGCUACGAGACAGCAGAGAAACGCAUUAAGGUAACUGUCGACGAUUCUCCAGAUGCCGAAAAUCCCAAAAAUAUUGCCGAUGCCAUUUCUGCUGGAAAUGUUGAUACAAAAACGGGACUAUACAGAGUUAAAUCGGGCAAGACCAUAACCCUGGCUGAGGCUUACGAACGCGGCUAUCUCAUCCGCCACGAAUCGGUCACUAUCAAAUCAAAUGCCCUGUGCCUGAGUGACGCCAUUGCUCAUGGCUUAGUGGAUACGUCUGGUUGGAUUGCUGAUCGUAACUCCGGCGAUAAAUUUAGACUUGAUUCGGCAAUUGCAAAUCAGCUUAUCGAUCCGAAUGUUCGCGAAGUUGUAGAUGCUAAAAAAGAUACGAAAAUUACACUAACCGAAGCCCUUAAAUCGGGUAUAUUAAAUCCGAAAACCGGUCGUUAUUGGAACGAAGUUACCAAAGAGAAAUUGACAUUUAUCGAGGCCAAAAAUCGGCAGCUAAUCGUUAAACCAUACACCCUAAAAGACAUUUGUGAUUUGAAUCUGCUGGACAAACAAUCGAAGAUCACGAGUCCCAUGCGCCGUGAAAAAUUGAGUAUAAUGCAGGCCAUAGAGUCGGGGGUGUUGGAUGGUAAUAAUUUGAAGUGCGUAACGAAGCGCAAGGGUGAAUUGGUGACACUGCAGGAGGCCAUAGCCGACGGUAUUGUCUUGCCAGCCGAAUCCAAAUACAGAGAUUUCAUGACUGGUGAGAUCCUCUCAAUACCUGAGGCUGUGGAACGAGGCCUAGUCAGUAGUGUUUCCCAAAAAUCCAUUUUUGACAUUGACGGUUUCAAAGACAUGCGCAGCAAUGACUUUGUCAGCUUUAACGUGGCCUUAUCGCGGGGCAUUUUGCGUAGAAAAAGUACUGGAUUUGCCCUGGAAACUAGUCGUGAUUCCCAUGUGCCUUUAGAAGUAGCCAUGAAAGAGGGACUUAUCCGGCCCGAAGUGUACGAAAUGUUCAACAAGGGCAUUGGUGUACACAAUGCCAGUGGCAAGGAAUUGAGUGUUUUUGAUUUGUGUUAUCAUAAUUUAAUCGACCCCAAGACAGGCUACCUUCUAGACCCCAAGACUGAAGAGACUGUUCCCCUUGACUUAGCCAUCGAACGUAAGUUUAUAACGCCUGAGGGUGCUCUCCUGCUGAGCAGCCUCUUGAACAUAACCCUGACAACGGAAACGGUAACGAGAACUAUCAAUCGUUAUGUUACAAUACGUGCCGGCUCCCAGGAGCCCCAAGAGCACCAUGUAGUUCUUACGUUUACCGAGGCUGUUCGCCAGGGUUUCAUUGACGAGGAACGACAAUUGUUUAAGGAUCCCAAGACAGGUAAAAUAUAUUCUGUGCAACAGGCCCUCAACUUCGGCCUUUUGCAACCAGAUGCAAAUGACACGGUUCCCGAACCGACAAAUCGCAAAAAGACCAAGUCGACCAUAACAAUUGUGACGAAACAAAUAGUGCCUGAAUCGGAACCCAUAAAACUGAAUACCCAAAACUACGUGGAGAAAUCUGUGGAAAUUCCCAUAGCUGAGGAGGUCAUCAAGUCUGGCAAAAUCAAUACGGAUUUCAUUCACAGUGAAAAAUCAACUUAUGUCGAACACAGCGUCCAAGAAAGACAAAUUAUUGAAUUGCCAGCCGGCGGCUGGCCACUAAAGGACGCAAUCGAACAACAGCUGUUCAAUCCCGAUAGCGGUGUCUUCCAAGUCAAAGGAACCGAACGGGUGGUGACCUUUGAAGAGUGCAUUAACAAAUACAUCAUCAAUAGUUUAUCGGUGUCGGUAAUAGACCCCAAUACAGGCGAAAAGCUAUCAACACGCAACGCAUUCGAAAGAGACAUUAUAGAUUCAUACGGAAGCUAUACCAACAAGAAUGGAGAUGUCGAGACUAUGCGUUCGGCCAUAAACGAGGGUAAAAUCAUUUUGGAACCAGUGCCCAUAACAAAGAGCUCGGCCAGAGAACAGUGUAUACUGCGCAUAAGCAAACUAAACAAUUUAGCCGAAGUGGUUGAGAUUUCCACACCGCUGGCAGCCGAUGCUUCGCCGAAAUUCGUCGAAGUGAACACCGUACAAAGAGAAUUGACUUCACCGGAGCCUUUGCAAAUUGCUCCCGGUGCCAUUUAUGAUCCGUCGACAGCAUUGGUUAUAUUCACCCACAAUGGACAAACCGAAAAUAUUUUCGAUGCGGCUCGUCAUGGUCUGAUUGACGAAAGCCUCAUCCGGAUUGUUGAUCCGCAGACCAGUGAAUCUGUGACAAUAAACGAAGCAUUGGCACGCAAAAUCUACGAUCCACAAAAUGCUACCAUUGUAACGCAAGAAGGCUAUACGGUAGAUAUUCUGACGGCCAUCCAGAAGGGCCUGAUAAUCGUUUCAGGAGCUCCGUUGGUAGCAGCCGAAGGUGCAUUACGUACCAUACGAUUUGUGACUGAUCCACGUACAGGUGAACAAAUUCCUGUCGAAGUAGCGUACGAGCGUGGCAUUGUGUCGCGAGAUCAGUUGAAGAAAACCAAAUCUUUUGAGAGUGACACAGGUGAGGACAAGGUGGUGGUGUUGCAAAAAAUGCGCAAAAUGAUUCUGAAGCCUUCUGAUGCUCUCAAGAAGGGCAUCAUAGACGAGGAAGCUCGUGAUAUAUUGGAAAAUAAGCAAAACUUCCUAGGUGAACAUAACGAGGUGAUAAAUAUCACCGAGUCAUUAGAGCGCGGUCUAAUCGAUGGCAAUAGAGGCAAAAUUGCCGAUCCUCAACGCAAUCGUUACUUGAAUAUAGGUGAAGCCGUGAAGGAGCGCAUUCUAGAUCCCGAACAAACCAACCACAUUCUCAUACCUUUGGCUCAAUCGCUGUCAGUGCCAAAAUUAAUGGAGCAAGGUUUAAUCGAUAGUCAGAGUCAAACCAUUGUUCACCCAGAGAGUGGUUAUGGAUUGAAUAUUCGCGAGGCUAUAGUCUGUGAUGUCUUGGAUCCAUACUCAAAACUAAAACUGCCCAUCAUGUGUACGCUUGAGGAAGCCAUUGAGAAACAUAUUGUAGAUCCUGAAGAGUCUACAUUCAAUGUAAAUGGAAAAGUCCUUACACUGUCACAGGCCCUAAAGGCUGACAUAUUCGAUAAGAGUUACGACACUGAAUGUGCUGCAGUGGCGAUUCCCCCGGUUGGUAUGACCUUCCCGGUUAUUGUUGAAAAAGGUCUGCUUAAACCCGAAAAGGUAUCUGUUGUACAUCCGGAAAAUAGAAAGGAAAUACCUCUGCAAAAGGCCAUUGAAGAAGGAUUUGUCAUGUCCAUACCUUAUCCACCCCAAGCUGAUGCUGUGGAUGUCCAUCAUGCUGUAGAACAAGGUCUAAUCAACGUGGUAGAUCAAACAUUUAAACAUCCCAAAGAUGUUGGCCCGCCCACACCCAUUCGUCAAGCCUUGGAAACUGGCCGUUUGGUUGUUAAGCCGAUCAGUGAUUUUGUUGUUACACAAAAACCCGUGCCAAGGACAGAAGUCAUGGAGACAAUUACAGCUGUGCAUACAGUUACCACCAAGACUAUUGAGCUAAUUCAGGGCUAUGUUUUAAUAUCCAACAAUGAGGUGCAAAAUGUCCAAACCGGUGAAGUUUGCAGUGUCGAAGAGGCAAAGGCUAUGGGUAUUUUAAGAGAAGAGGAAACCUCUAAAGAGACUCGUUCAGUAACGGGUAAUAAGGAACAUGUUGAAGAUAUUUUGCAACAACAGCCCAUUACACAGGCACAGCCACAGGUACAGCCACAAACGACAACGACGUCAACAAUAACAUCAGAUGGCACCCAACGUCAAAUAAUUCAAACUUCAGUAAUCAAAACUGAAGUUCAAACUCCGAUGGAGACCAUCGACUCGACAACAAAUCAACAAAUUCCCACAAAGGAUACUAAACUGUCAUCGGCACUAAACAACGUUAAGGAAGCUGCAAAAAUGGGCGCCCUAGGAAUUGUGGCAGCCCCUGUCUUGGCUGGAAGUGCCGUUGUCAGUGGAAUAAAACAAUUGGUCAAAUCAGCAACUACACCCACUGAAGAGCCAAAUCAAAGCAUUGAAAGUGUCCAAACUGUUCCAACGAAAAUGCCAACUCAAUCAACUGUGAAUGUGUCGACUGUGGAAAAACAUCCAGACGUUACAAGCACAACAACCACCACCAGAACUACUACAACUAUAAUUUCAUCAAAAUCCGAUGAAACUCAACCACAGAUAAUUGAAACUCAAAAGAUUAUAGUUCAACAGGCAGAUAUCCCACAUUCUACUAGUGAGAACAAGAAUUCAGCAUUGCCUACAGAUGUGCCGAAACAAGACAGCGAACCUCGUGGAGUUGUUGAAUAUGGAGUCGAUAAUAUUGAAAAGACCAAGCAGGAGACUCGUGAAAAGGACAAACCCCAAGGCUCUGAUUUUGUCGAUAACCUUGUAAAGGAUACUGAGAACUUUAUUAAUACAACGACAGCCAACUUUAUAAGGCAAGAGAAAGCAGGAGAGCUCCGGUCAAACAUUGCGGAAGCAAAACAACCGGGAUCACAAACCAUAGAUACUAAAAUCACUACAGUCACCACUUCGCAGGUAGUUCCACCCACACCCACGCCUACCACAUCCGUAACUGUAGAAACAAACGCAAGCGGAGAACCAGUACCGGUUGCUGGUACUCAGAAUGCUAAUGAUAGCAAAGUUCCGUCUCAGGUUGUUAUCACAACUGAAACAGCUAAAAAGACUACCGAUCCAAUCAAUGAAAUUGUUGAGGUAAAUGAAACAGGCGAUCAACCACAAUAUGUUGUGAGCUUUGAGGAUUCGGAUACGGAGGUAAACACCACCAGCACAGUUUCAACUACAACUGUUAUUACGACAACCACCUCUACCGUUCUUACGAAUACACCUUUGGGUGAUAUCACAGAAGCCGAGGAACCACAAAAGCCUGCAGAACCUACGCAUCAAGUUCCUGGCGCAAACAAGAAUGUUCAUGAGAUCGAGACUGCUCCCGAAGAUAAGCUUCCCGAAAAAUAUGGUGUUAUUACAGAUUUCAUGAAACACGAAAUUAGUACAAGUACAAAACCCAAGGUGCUUGAGGGAUUGCCAGCUGGUCAAGUCAAUUCUAGCGAGGCGCCUGUAGACAAUGUUGUCGUCAACGAACAACAGGAACCUAAAGAUGCUAAUAAUACCCAUAGUACAAUGGAGACUGUUAAUAACCAAGAGACAACGACGGGCGCAAUCGAUCCAAAAUCUAAGCCAGUAAUUGACAAUAUGGAUGAUGUGAACAGUGUUCCUCCCAAAACGGUCGACGAAGCCACACGUACGAAGGAAACAAAAGUCGAAAAAUCUCCGGUAGAACACGACGAUGUAGCCAAAGUUAAAGAGACGACCGAUACACCCAAACCUGCGGAGAGAAAAUCAUUGGACAAUUUAACAACAGAUUUAAGUCAUCCACAAACCGGUGUCACCGACCAUCAAGACAAACAUCAAAAUGUCGUUGACUUCAUUGAAGCCGAAAAGGGUGCUGCAGUCAAUCCCACUGAACGGGAAAGUAAUAUUUUGCAAAACGUCAAAGAUGCUGCCAAGCUUGGAGCCAUGGCUUUAGUGGGUGCUCCGGUUUUGGCUGGAAAAGCUAUUGUCGAUGCCCUUAAACCUGAUGAAAAACCAAAAGACUCGAGUGUUACUACCACAAUUACUACUGUGUUGACAUCGACGACAACUAAAACAACAACAGCAGCAGCAACAUCAACCACACAGCCAGACGAGUCUACGCAAGGAGAAACACCCAGAGAAACACAGAAUCAAAACCAACAACGAGGAGUAACACCACCCAAAACUUUAGCCUUGGGUGAUGCGAUUUCACAAAAACUCAUAUCACCCGACGAAUGUAAGGUACUCGUUGACGGCGAAGAACAAGAUCAAAGUGUCACCGAACUCCUCAAGGACGAACAACUUAGUCCUCUGGACGAAGUCCAGGUGUUAGACGACAAAUUGGUUGUACUGCAACCCAUGACGUACCUCAUUGACGCAAGUGACGACCUGACGCCUGAACACUUGAGCGAGUUGAAUAUCUAUGAUACAGCAAAUCAAUAUUUCACCGAUCCCUCCACCGGCCUAAAGAUUUCAUUCCAAACUUUAGUUUUUGACAUGAAUGUCUUUAACCCAGAGACCAUUUUAGUAAAGAAUUUCAGUACUGGCAAAUAUGAAACACUGACUGAUGCUUUGGAACGACCACUGCUCGACAGGCACACUGGUCAUAUGGUCGAUCCAAAGUCCGGCAAAAAGAUUCCAUUCUUCGAGUGUGUUUCCCGCAACUGGAUUAUUCGUGCCAAUCCUGAAAAAGAGAAGCCAGCAGCUAUUGAAAAUGUCAUUGACCCUGAAAGUGGCAAAGUUAUAUUGGGCGAUGGUCGAGUUUGUUCCAUUGUUGACGCAAUCAACAAUGGUUUGCUGGAUAUCCAAUCGAUAUCUGUUCGUGAUCCCGUUAGCGGUGAGGUGAUUCCGCUGCGUAUGGCAAUUGAGUUGGGAGUUGUGGACAUGCAGGCUGGCACGGUCAUUGAUAUACAGACAUUGAAAGAAAUCCCCAUGGAAGAUGCUUUCAAACUUGGUUUUCUUGUGCCCGGUUCGCGCAAGCCGAUCUCAUUGGAGGCAGCUGUACGCAAGGGACUCUACGAUCCCGAAACGGGAAAACUCUACGAUUCCGAAUCUGAUAAUCAAGUUGACGUUCAGAAAUCAAUAGAAAUUGGACUUGUUGAUCCUAAAAUAUCUCUAAUUGUCGAUGCCAAGUCCCAGAAGGCAAUUAAAUUGGACUGUGCCAUUGAGGACGAACUCGUCGUAACGGAAACUGGCCAAAUUAAAGACACCCAAACCAAUACGCUGGUCCCCUUCGAUAUUGGCGUAGAGAAAAAUUUGGUGAAAACCGACAGCAUAACUUGGAGUUUACCCGAAGUAUUGCAACGCGAAUAUUACUCUCCGAAAACGGGCAAAAUUUUGAAUCCAUCUACCGGAGAAGAAAUUCUCCUCCAGCAAGCAAUUGAGCUGGGAUUUGUUGAGUUGGAUUCAUGCCUAGUUAAAGACGAUGACAAAAAUAUAAUUGUGCCUGGCAAACAAGCUGCCAAGGAAGGUCUACUUGAUACAGUGAGAGGUUGUCUGAGCAGUCCUAACGUGAAAUUAGACGAAGCAUUUGUCAAGGGUUACUUGAUUAGUACCAAGAAGCCACUUUCUCUAGUAGAUUGCCUACUAAGAGGUCUGUACGACCCUGAGACGGCCAAAUUCACAAUCGACGAUAAGAAGGUCGACUUGAAGACAGCAAUUGCGUUGAAAUUAAUCAAUUCCGAUGAGCUGGUACUACUAGAUCCCAAAACAGAGUCCAUAAUUUCACUCACAGAAGCCAUAUCCAAGGGUUAUAUUGAUCCCAUCCAUGGCUAUGUCAUUAAUCCCUACACCGGUACCAAACUGUCGCUGAAUGAGGCACUAGAAAACCGAGUACUGAUCCCGCCUAAACGUAAACGCAGUCUACCCGAUGCUGUGUACCGUGGCCUGUAUGACCCCAAGACUGGUGAAUUCAGCAACACCAUAACUCGCGAAAAACUCUCAACUGAACGUGCUAUUCGCAGAGGCAUUUUAGAUCCGGACUCGACCAUUGUCAGUGUAGCUGGCGAAGUCAUUCCAUUCGAGAAAGCUGCUCAGGUUGGCAUCGUUGAUAGUCACAGAGGCACGGUAAAAGACGAUGACGACAAGGAAAUCGACUUCAAAGAAGCCUUUGAUCGCGGUGUGCUACUCGAAGCAAAGAAACCUUUGCGUCUUAUCGAGGCGGUCAUCAAGAAUGUUUACGACGAAGUUGACGGCAGCUUUAUGGAUCCCAAAACGGGACAAAAACUCUCAUUUGCCCAAGCGGUCGAUAGUAAUCUCCUCGAUGAGGACAGUGUCCAAAUAAGAGACUUCAACACCGGUCUGUACAAGCAAUUGAACCUUGCACACGCAGCCGAUACCGGUGUCAUUGAUGGCAGCAACGCUAAAUUGGUGUACAACAAUCAAAAGAUAACCAUUAAACAUGCUUUUGAUGUCGGCAUCCUCAUGGACACCCAGGCUCCCAUCAGCUUACAACGAGCCCUACAUCAAGGACUUUUCGAUGAAAAGACCGGCAAGCUGACCGACCCCAAGAGUGGACGCAAAAUAACUUUACUCGAGAGCAUACGCAGCUUUGUCAUAAAUCCGCAAUUACCCUGCUACUUCGACGAAAUUCAAGAACAAAUGCACAGCUUGACCGAUACUUGUCGCAUGGGCAUCAUAAAUCGUCGUGAGGGAGUUUUCCGUGAACCCGGCAGCAACACAUUUGUGUCCUUGAACGAAGCCUUAAACUUGGGCCUAAUUGUAGACAUUGAAAACGCCAGUUUUGGUCUGUACGAACUGUUAGCAAUGGGUUUCUACGACAAACAUACGGGAAAGGUUUUACACCCGGUUACCGGGCGUAAGUUGAAUUUGAACGAAGCCUGUGUUGAAGAUGUUGUCAGUCUAUCUUCGAGUCUGAUAAAGAGUAAUAAAACAGGAAAGUAUAUACGAUUGGCACAGGCUAUCAAGGAACAGGUUAUUGACGACACAAAGGGUUGUUAUAACCUCAGUCCCACAGAUCAAAUAGAUUUACAAGAGGCUCGCGCUCGUGGUCUCAUCGUUUCGAACCGUCGUUUAUUGUGUUUGGAACUUGUAAUGCGUAUGCAAUUGUUUAGACCUGAAACGGGUAAAUUCUGCGAUCCGACUACGGGCGAGUACUACGAUCUAGCCGAGUCGAUACAAAACGGUUUCAUUGAUCCAGCAACAACUGUGUUCAAGAAUCAAGUGACAGGCAAAGAAACGCCACUCAAUGAAGCAAUUGCCAAUGGCGAUGUCGACGUUUCCAAGGGUCGUGUUUUUGAUCCAAAAUCACAGUCGGCAUAUAAUUAUGACGUUGCAUUAUCUCGCGGAAUUCUAAUUACCGUAGCUAAACCACUGACCGAACGAACCGCUGAGGUAGUAAAGGACAGUGUCGAUUUGUUAGGCCAAACUCCGGUAAGCAUUGUCGUCAGUAAGCCACGUGAAAUGUCAUUGGAAGAAGCCAUCAAAUACAAUAUAAUCGAUCCAAAAACGGCGUUGGUACGUGAUUUUGAUACGUUUAAAUUCAUUCCAUUCGAGGUCGCGCAACAAAAAGGCAUUGUUGAUUUGAACAAGCGCACUGUAGUUGAUCCAAAAGCCUUGUACUUUGUAUUUGAUCCCACUUUGGUGAUAUACGUCAGAGAACCCAUACAAUUUGAACAUGCUGCCGAAAUCAAAUGUCUAGAUUUGGAAACCGGUAUGUUAACAUAUCACGAUCCAGUCACUAAAACGCCACAAUCACCCGAACAACACGAUGUGGAUGAGAAUAGCGAAGGACCAACAACAACAAAUGAGCCUGUGGUUUAUACUCUGAAAGAUGCCACCACUUUGGGUAUUAUUGAUCCUGAUUCGGCAUUGGUAAAGGAUUUGGUUAAAUCGAAGUUGGUACGCCUACCCGAGGCAUUCCGUAAAGGUCUUAUGGAUGCCAAUAAAGCGAAUGUUUUGAACACAAAAACUUCAAAACUGUGCACCCUGAAAGAAGCCUAUGAGAGUGGCUUGAUUGUAACGCCAAAACGUUCAUUUGGUUUACUGGAAGCCAUUGCUUUUAAUCUUUACAAUCCCACCAAUGGAUGCUUUGUUGAUCCCUUCCAAAUGAAUCCGGAUAUUAUAAAGCGUAAAAAAUUCACUUUGGCUGAAGCUAUAACAGCUGGCCUAAUAGAUCCGUCGUCGACGGUGGUAAGGAAUCCAUCGACUGGCGAAAUUAUACCACUAACAGCGGCCAUACAAAAUGGCCUAAUUGAUGCCCACGACGGACGUAUUUGUGAUCCAAACGACAGUAAAACUAAUAUGGAUUUGGUGAAAGCAUCGGAAAAAGGCUAUCUAUUGGCCGCUGAACAAAGGCAAGCCGUAUUUGAAAAGUUCAACAUGUGCGAAGAGAACGUCAACGAACUGCUUAAGUGGGUAUACAGCAUUGAACACAAAAUUGCCACUGUUGGAGGCCCCAGGGAGAAAAUUGAUGAGCUCCGCAAUCAAAUCAACGCUCUAAAGCAAAUCAAGGAUGAAAUUGAAUCUCAACAACGACCAGUUGCAACGUGCCUUGAACAGAUUCGUCAGAUUGUUUUAACUGGCGGCGAUGUCUUAUCAGCACCGGAAGUUACGACAUUGGAAAAUGCCGGUAGAGAAUUACGUUCCCGUGUCGAUCGUGUAAACGAUCGUACUGUGCGUCUUUUGCGUCGCCUGGAAGCCGGCCGCGACGAGCUAACAAAACUGCGAAGCGAAUUGGAUGUGUUCUCAGAAUGGUUACAGUCAGCACGACGCACUUUAGAAGACAAAGAGCGUGCUUUAUCUGAUCUGACGCGUCUUUCCUCCCAGUCUGAAUCUGUAAGAGAAUUUGUUAGUGACGUUAUUGGCCAUCAGGCAGAUUUGCGUUUCAUCACAAUGGCUGCUCAAAAGUUUGUUGACGAAGGCAAGGAAUUUUUGGCAAUUCUAAAUGAUUUCAGAACCUCACUGCCUGAACGACUGCCUCAUGUGGAACCAUUGGCAAGUUCUGAAAGUCCCAUACGGCAGGAAGUGUCUUUGGUUUCGGCUCAGUACAAGGAUCUCAUGAAUCGUGUCAAUGCCCUCCAGGAUCGCAUAUCUGGACUUGGUGGUCGUCAACGGGAAUAUCAAGACGCCUUGGAUAAGGCCAAUGAAUGGUUGCGUAGUACCCAACCACGUGUUGGUCGCGUCAUUGCUGAGCCCAUUGCUGGCGAUCCGAAAUCGGUACAGGAGCAAAUGAAUGAAGCCAAGGCGCUGCAUAAUGAAUUGCUUUCAAAUGGCCGUUUAGUUGAUAAUGCUCAACAAGCUCUCGAUAGCUUGCUCUAUACUCUUGGUGGUCAACUUAGCCCUAUGGAAAUUAAUCAAUUGGAGGUUCCUAUUGCCGAUCUCAAGGACAAAUACCAGAAACUCCUUGAUUCGUUGGGAGAACACUGCAAAACAUUGGACAAGACAUUGGUUCAAUCGCAGGGCGUGCAAGAGGCUCUUGAUAAUCUGGGUAACUGGGUCAACCAGGCCGAAGAUAAAUUCAAACUCCAAUUAAGACCAGCUUCCUUGAUUAAGGAACGCUUGCAAGAACAAAUAAGGGAGCACAAAGCCUUAUUGGCAGAUAUGCAAUCGCAUCAAGCCAGCAUCGACAGUGUCGAGUCGUCUGCCAAGCAUUUAAUGAACACUGCUUCCAAUGCUCGCAUAGCCAAAAAGGUAGAAACUAAUCUGAAUGAUGUCACAACCAAAUUUGAUAAGCUCUACGAUAAGGUUGUUAAGCGUGGCGAAUUCCUUGACGAUGUUUUUAAUCGUUUGUGCAAAUAUUUGGAUGAGUUCAGUGGCGUUGAACAAGAGAUUGUAACACUGCAAGAUGCCCUCGACAGUCGUGACACAAGUUUGUUAUCGGCCGAAGAACUUGCACAUCGCAUGCAGGAACUUUCCAAUCGCAAAGAAUCUCUUUCGCCUGCCUAUGAAGAUUGCAUUCGCAAUGGCAAGGAUCUAAUCAGUAUUCGCGAUGUUACCGACACCAGUACAUUGAGAGAUCGCAUUAAGGCGCUCGAGUCACAAUGGCGUAACAUCAAUGUCAGUUUGGAUGAAAAAACCAAAUUGUCGAAACAAAAGGCCGAACAUCAAGUGGCGUAUGAAAGCCUAAAAGACCAAGUUUUGUCUUGGUUAGCAAGCACCGAAACUCGUAUCACAGGACUGGCGCCAGUUGCCAUUGAUUUGGAGAAAAUUCGCCAACAAAAUGACGAACUUAAGCCCAUUUAUAAGGAUUAUAGGGAUUAUGCUUCCACCAUUGAUAAAAUCAAUGACAUUGGUUCGCAGUACGAUGCUCUAAUACGACCGGAAAGCCCAGGACGUAAACGUUCAACGUUCAGCCCCAUUAAACGUGUCAGCCCUCUGCGCCGCAUGUCCGGAGAUGCUCGUAGUCCAAGUCCCACGAAGGGGGGUAUUCUGUCGCCACUAUCGACUGGUUCCAGUGGAUUUGGUAGCCGCAGAUCCUCUCAAGAUGGCUUCCAACUAUCAGAAUUAUCUCCUGUGCAGCAACAACUGAGCGAAAUCAAUAACCGCUACACACUGAUCGGUGUCCGAAUCAAUGAUCGCCAAAACGAACUCGACAACAUGAACGAGGAGGUCCGCAAACAAUUUGAAAACCUUAAGAACCUGGCUGCCUUUUUGGAGCGCAUUCAGCGCCAACUGCCAAAGGAGUCAGUAUCGAAUAAGGAUGAGGCUGACCGUUGCAUAAAGCAAGCACGCAAAAUCCUGGAAGACAUGUACGAAAAACAAAGUCUGUUGGACACGACCAAAACUCAAAUUAAGGAUAUAUUGAGACGUAAGUCGGAUGUCCCCGGCGCAGAACAAUUGCGCGUCGAAAACGAUAACAUUGUCGAAAAGUGGAAGCAGCUGAGCGACAUCUGCAAGAACCGAAUCAACUUCUCUGAGAAGCUACGAGAUUUCCUAGACACACAUAACAACCUGAAGAAUUGGUUGGACAGCAAAGAACGCAUGCUCACUGUGUUGGGUCCGAUUUCCUCAGAUCCUCGUAUGGUCCAAAGUCAAGUACAGCAAGUUCAAGUAUUGCGCGAAGAAUUCCGCACACAACAGCCACAGCUGAAGCACUUCCAAGAAAUCGGCCACGAUGUUCUAGAUCAUUUGGAAGCCGAUUCGCCAGACGCCUCUGCAGUCAACAAGAAACUGCAAGACGUCAACAGCAAAUGGGAAGACUUAGUUGGUCGCCUGGAUGAACGGGCAAAUAGUUUGGGAGGUGCAGCUGACAGCAGCAAGGAAUUUGACGCUGCAGUUAAUAGGCUUCGCGAAGCUCUGCAGCAAAUUAGCGAUAAUCUUGACAGUUUGCCCUCCGAUGGUGAUCAUCAGGAUAACUUGAGAAAGAUUGAGAAUCUUGAGCGGCAAUUGGAAGGACAACGACCGCUAUUGGCUGACGCCGAACAAUCUGCCGCUGCACUGUGCAAUAUUCUUGGUGACCCAGCCUCUCGUGCAGAUGUCAAUUCGCGUGUUGCUGCUUUAGAGAAGCAAUAUCAGGCGCUACAAAAGAAACUUGACACGAAGAAAGCUGAAACGGAAGCUACCCUCAGAGAUGGCCGUCACUUUGCUGAAAACUGUUCAAAAACAUUGGGUUGGCUCUCAGCCGAGCUGUCUAAUUUGGCGGAACGUUUGUUGGUAUCGGCCCAUAAGCCUACAUUGCAACAUCAAAUUGACACUCACGAACCCAUCUACCGUGAAGUCAUGGCCCGUGAACAUGAAGUCAUCAUGCUCAUCAACAAGGGCAAGGAUCUCACCGACCGCCAGCAAGAUCGUGGCGUGAAACGCGAUUUGGAACGCAUCCAACAACAAUGGGAGAAACUUCGCCGUGAAGCCGUUGACCGUCACACACGCCUCCAAACAUGCAUGGAGCACUGCAAGAAAUACGUCUCAACUUCAGAAGUCUUUUUGGCAUGGCUAAGAACUGCGGAGGACAAGUUAGUAGAUUUGAACCCAGGCGUCCUAUCGAAAUCAAAGUUGGACACACGUUUGCAUGAUCUGCACACGUUCCGUAGUGAAGUAUGGAAGCAUUCGGGUGAAUACGAGAACACUAAAGGAUUGGGCGAAACAUUCCUAAGCAGCUGUGACGUGGAUAAGGAUCCGAUUAAGAGUGAAUUGCAAGACAUCCGUGAACGUUGGGAACGUCUUAACAAUGAUUUGAUCGCCAGGGCCCAGGAAAUUGAGAAUUGUUCUCGUCGUCUAGGCGAUUUCAAUGAUGAACUUCGCAAUUUGGACCACGCUGUUGGCCGAUGCGAAGAUCGCCUGGCUGCCCAUGAUGCGUUGGGUGGAGCUGCUAAGGAUCCUAAACUGUUGGACCGUGUCAAAGCAAUACGCGAAGAAUUGACCAAUUUGCAGAAACCUCUGCAAACUCUUAAGGGAAUGGCGAAGGAUAUCUGCGCUGAAGCCCGUGCUGCCGGAGGCGAUGCAGAACAUCUAACCGAUGAUGUUGAUGGCAUUGCUGAUCGCAUUGGAGAAUUACAAAGUCGAUUGGAUGAUCGCUUGGGCGAACUACAAUCCGCAGCGACCGCUGUGUCGCAAUUCAACGAACAAAUAAAGAACUUGGGUAUUGAUCUGAACGACAUAGAAAACGAAGUUGAGAAGCUUUCCCCGCCAGCACGUGAAAUAAAGCGAGUUCAAGGCCAAAUCGAUGAUACCUACAAACUUCAAACAAAACUUGAACGUAUUGUCGAACGCAUCGAGGAUGGAGAACGGGCUGCGGAUGCUUUAGUCGACGCCGGAUUCUCACCAGAUACCGCCCAAACUCGCGAACAAAUAUCCACUCUACGGAAAACAUUAGCUCGCCUGGACAACCGUGUGCGUGAUCACAGCCAACUUUUGGAAGAAACUCUACGCUCACUUCAAGAAUUCUAUGAUAUGGAAUCACAAACGAUGGACGACAUUCAAGAUAUUAGCGAAGAGUUCCGUCGCAUGAAACCUGUGGGCUCCGAACUUGAACAAAUUCGUCGCCAACAGGAAGAUUUCCGCAAUUUCAGAGAAAAUAAAAUCGAACCGUUGGCACAAAACAUCGACAAAGUAAACAUGGCCGGACGCGAUUUGGUCAGAUCAGCUGCAAGUGGUGUGUCCACUACCCAAAUCGAAAAAGAUCUUGAGAAGUUGAAUGAUCGUUGGAACGAUCUUAAAGAAAGAAUGAAUGAACGCGAUCGACGCCUAGAUGUUGCCCUCUUGCAAUCGGGCAAGUUCCAAGAAGCCUUAGCCGGCCUCUCCAAAUGGCUGUCCGAUACUGAAGAGAUGGUUGCCAAUCAAAAGGCACCCAGUUCUGAUUAUAAGGUAGUAAAGGCCCAAUUGCAGGAACAGAAAUUCCUGAAGAGAAUGUUAUUGGAUCGCCAGAAUUCCAUGUCAUCGUUAUCGUCACUUGGCAAAGAGGUUGCCAAUCAUUGUGAGCCCUCCGAAAGAAACGCAAUUGAGAAGCAAUUGCAUGAUCUGAUGAAACGUUUUGAUGCCUUAACAGAUGGCGCAGAACAGAGAGAGAAAGAUCUGGAGGAGGCAAUGGAAGUUGCCAAACUUUUCCACGACAAGAUCACACCAUUAGAAUUGUGGCUGGACAACACGGAGCGAGCUGUGAAGGGAAUGGAACUCAUCCCAACCGACGAAGAGAAAAUUCAACAGCGCAUCCGGGAACAUGGAAGAUUGCACGAUGAAAUUCUGGGAAAGAAACCCGAUUUCUCUGAUUUGGCAGAUGUGGCUGGCCAGUUAAUGCAUUUGGUAAGUGAUGAAGAAGCUGGCAACUUGGGCGAAAAGGUCCGCACCAUAACAGAUCGCUACACAGGAUUGGUUGACGCUAGCGAUAAUAUUGGUGCUUUGUUGGCCGACUCCCGUCAAGGUCUCAGGCAUCUGGUCUUGACAUAUCAAGAAUUGGUGGCUUGGAUGGAACGCAUGGAAACCGAAUUGAAAAGAUUCCGUUCUGUUCCAGUCUUUGCUGAAAAAUUGCUGGAACAAAUGGAUGUUUUAGUGGAAUUGAAUGAGAAUAUUGCCAAUCACGCCCCAAAUGUAGAAUCGACUGUGGAUUCCGGUGCCGAGCUCAUGAAACACAUAUCGAACGAUGAGGCCAUUCAAUUGAAGGAUAAGUUAGAUUCUUUGCAGCGUCGUUACGGCGAAUUGACAAAUCGUGGCGGCGAUCUCCUAAAUAGUGCUCAAAAUGCUCUCCCAUUAGUUAAACAAUUCCAUGAAGCUCACACUCGUCUGAUUGAUUGGAUGCAAGUGGCAGAGAGCGCCCUUUCCACGAGUGAACCACGACAAUCUGAUGUUCUGCGCUUAGAAGCUGAGCUGGUAGAAAUGCGCCCAACACUUGACUGUGUAAAUUUGGUUGGACCUAAACUAUGUCAAAUCUCCCCCGGCGAAGGCGCUUCCACCAUUGAAACAAUAGUUACACGCGACAAUCGCCGCUUUGAUGCAAUCGUCGAACAAAUUCAACGCAAGGCAGAACGUCUUCACUUAAGUAACCAGCGUGCCAAGGAAGUGACCAAUGACAUUGAUGAACUCCUGGAGUGGUUCCGUGAAAUGGAUGCUAAUUUGCGAGAAGCCGAUCCACCGGCCAUCGAACCAAAAUUGGUGCGUGCUCAACUGCAGGAACAUCGCUCAGUCAACGAUGACAUUUCCAGCCAAAAGGGUCGUGUACGUGACGUAACAGCGGCAUCCAAGAAGGUCUUGCGAGAAUCGCCUCAAAGUGAAAACACCGCUACAUUGCGUGAAAAAUUGGACGAUCUCAAGGAAAUCGUCGAUACCGUAGCACAACUGUGCAGUGAACGUUUAGGCGUUCUGGAACAAGCAUUACCUUUGUCCGAACACUUUGCUGACUCGCAUGCUGGUCUAACCACUUGGUUGGAUGAUAUGGAACAACAACUAUCCAGACUAAGCAUGCCAGCUUUACGCCCAGACCAGAUCACUCAACAGCAGGAUAAGAACGAGCGUCUUUUGCAAUCUAUUGCGGAACACAAACCCUUGCUCGACAAAUUGAACAAGACGGGCGAAGCUCUGGGAGCCUUGGUGGCCGAUGAUGACAGUGCAAGAAUUAAUGAGAUUCUAGACUCGGAUAAUGCACGCUAUGCUGCCUUGCGCUUAGAGCUGAGAGAACGCCAGCAAGCCCUUGACAAUGCUCUGCAAGAAUCAAGCCAAUUUUCAGAUAAACUUGAGGGAAUGUUACGCGCCUUGGCCAACACUGUGGAUCAAGUCAACCAAUUGGACCCAUUGUCGGCAUUGCCACAAAAAAUACGCGAACAAAUCGAAGACAAUGAUGCGAUUAUGGAUGAUUUGGAUAAACGUACAGAUGCAUUUAGUGCCGUUCAACGCGCCGCCAGCGAUGUCAUUGCUAAGGCUGGCAACAAAUCGGAUCCUGCUGUGCGGGACAUUAAGAGCAAAUUAGAGAAACUGAAUAAUCUUUGGAACGAUGUUCAAAAAGCAACCAAGAAACGUGGCAGCUCACUCGAUGAUAUACUCAAUGUUGCCGAGCCAUUCUGGAAUCAGCUGCAAAGUGUUAUGAAAACUCUGAAGGAUCUGGAAGAGACUUUGUCCUCACAAGAGCCUCCAGCUGCACAACCUCAAGAAAUCCAAAAACAACAGGUAGCCCUACAGGAAAUUCGUCACGAAAUUGAUCAAACGAAACCUGAGGUUGAGCAAGUUAGACGCCAUGGCAGCAAUCUGAUGAACCUCUGCGGCGAGCCCGACAAGCCCGAAGUUAAAAAACACAUUGAAGAUUUGGAUAAUGCUUGGGAUAAUAUUACCGCUCUGUAUGCCAAACGCGAAGAGAAUCUCAUUGAUGCCAUGGAGAAGGCCAUGGAAUUCCACGAAACCCUACAAAAUCUCUUGAAAUUCCUAACAAAGGCUGAGGACAAGUUCGCUCAUUUAGGACCAGUAGGCUCAGACAUCGAUGCCGUCAAGAAACAAAUCGAGCAGUUGAAGUCAUUCAAGGAUGAAGUGGAUCCCCACAUGGUGGAAGUAGAGGCAUUAAACAGACAAGCUGUUGAAUUAACGGAAAGAACUUCUCCUGAACAAGCGGCCUCGAUACGCGAACCUUUGGCUGUAGUCAAUCGCCGAUGGGAAGCCCUUCUACGAGGCAUGGUCGAACGUCAAAAACAAUUGGAACACGCUUUGCUGCAUUUGGGUCAAUUCCAACAUGCUCUAAAUGAACUCUUGGUUUGGAUUAGCAAAACAGAUGGAACUUUGGAUCAACUAAAACCCAUACCUGGCGAUCCUCAGUUACUCGAAGUUGAAUUGGCUAAACUGAAGGUCUUGGCCAAUGAUAUUCAAGCUCAUCAAAACUCAGUUGAUACAUUGAAUGAUGCAGGCCGUCAGCUGAUCGAAUCCGAAAAGGGUUCGCUGGAAGCUUCAACGACACAAGAAAAAUUACGCAAGCUUAACCAAGAAUGGAAAAUGUUGCUUCAAAAAGCAUCUGAUAGACAACAUGAAUUGGAAGAAUCGUUACGUGAAGCUCAAGGUUAUAUUGCCGAAGUUCAGGAUAUCCUUGGAUGGUUGGGCGAUGUUGACGCUAUUAUUGGGGCUAGCAAACCAGUUGGAGGUUUACCAGAAACAGCUACAGAGCAAUUAGAGCGCUUCAUGGAGGUGUACAACGAACUAGAGGAGAAUCGUCCAAAGGUUGAAACAAUCCAGGCUCAAGGCCAAGAAUACAUUAAACGUCAGAAUCAAAUGAAGGUUUCGUCCAGUAACUUGCAACAUACUCUACGUACUCUAAAGCAACGUUGGGAUGCAGUCGUUUCAAGGGCAUCUGACAAGAAAAUCAAAUUGGAAAUUGCCUUGAAAGAAGCCACUGAAUUCCAUGACACUCUGCAAGCCUUUGUGGAAUGGUUAAAUCAAGCUGAAAAACAAUUAGCCAAUGCCCAGCCAGUCUCAAGAGUCCUUGAAACCAUUCAAGUACAAAUGGAAGAACAUAAGGUCCUGCAAAAGGAUGUUAGCACACAUCGUGAAGCUAUGUUAUUGCUGGACAAGAAAGGAACUCAUCUCAAAUACUUCAGCCAGAAACAAGAUGUUAUCUUAAUUAAAAAUCUUUUGGUAUCGGUACAACAUCGCUGGGAACGCAUUGUCAGUAAGGCUGCGGAACGCACUCGUGCUUUGGAUCAUGGAUACAAAGAAGCGCGCGAAUUUAAUGAUGCUUGGAACAACAUGAUGCAAUAUUUGCAGGAAACGGAAACUGUGCUUGAUCAGAUCAUUGAAGAAGCUACAUCGUCCAAGGAUCCACAGAAGAUCAAGAAAUGUAUUGCUCGAUUAAAGGAUACCCAUCGUCAGUUAACCGGCAAACAAACCCUCUACGAUUCUACCAUGCGUAAUGGUAAGAAUUUGAUGGAAAGAGCUCCCAAGACUGACGAAGCUGUACUCGGCAAAAUGUUAUGCGAACUGAAGGAUCAAUGGACGCGGGUCUUGUCGAAGAGUAUUGAGCGUCAGCGUAAAUUAGAAGAGGCUCUACUAUUGUCUGGUCAGUUCUCGGAUGCUCUUGGAGAACUUUUGGAAUGGCUCAAGAAGGCUAAACAGCGCCUAAAUGAAGACGGUCCCGUUCACGGAGAUCUGGAAACAGUUCAAGGCUUGUGUGAACACCACAAACAUAUUGAACAGGAUUUGCAAAAGCGUGCCGCUCAAAUGCAAGGUGUGCUUAAGACCGGCCGUGAUCUGGAACGCUCUGGUAAUAAUCCCGACGUUGGUCGUCAAUUGGACGAGUUACAGACAGUAUGGGAUGAAGUCAAGAGUGCUACAGCUAAACGUGGCGACCGCUUGCAAGUUGCCCUCAAGGAUGCUGAAAAACUGAAUGGCAGCAUUCAAGCCCUCUUCGAUUGGCUAGAUCAUGCCGAGCACAAACUGCGAUACGCCAAGAAUGCACCGGACGACGAGAAGAUAUCCCGCGAAAUGAUGGAUAUGCACAUUGAAUUCAUGAAAGAUCUCCAUGUGCGCGAACAACAGAAACAUGAAACAUUCGAAUUUGCGGAGGAUAUUAUUGGCAAGGCAUAUCCCGAUGCCAUACCCAUCAUCAAGAACUGGUUGAGCAUUAUUGAGGAACGCUGGGAAGAAGUCAAACAGUGGGCCAUUAAUCGUGAAGCAAAACUGGAACAGCAUUUGCAAUCCCUUAAAGAUUUAGAUGACACCAUCGAGGAGCUACUUGCCUGGUUAAGUGGCUUAGAGGCAACAUUACUGAACCUCGAACGCGAAUCUCUGCCGGAUGAAAUACCGCCACUAGAAAAACUAAUUGAAGAUCACAAAGAGUUUAUGGAGAACACAGCUAGGAGACAAACCGAAGUCGAUCGUGCUUGUAAACCCAAGCAGUUGCCACCUGGUGCCCGUAAAAUGUCAAGAACAGCCAAAACACCUGUUCGUGGCUCAAGUCAUGAUAUACGUGAACAAUCACCCGAUGGUACAUUAAGACGACAAAGCUUCAAGGGUUCUCGUGACCAUGGUCUGAACAAUCGUAAAUCUAGUAGUCGCAUGACACCAAGUCGUGAUACACCCGAUAGAGAUCGCUUGCCUCACUAUGGUCCCCGCUUCUCACCCAGUUCGGUGGGUCCUGAACUUGAAUUCCGUUCAACUCGAGCCAAAUUGUUGUGGGACAAAUGGCGUCAUGUGUGGAUGCUUUCAUGGGAACGCCAACGCCGCUUGAAUGACCACCUUAUGUAUUUGAAGGAUUUGGAACGCGUCCGCAACUUCAGUUGGGACGACUGGAGAAAGAGAUUCUUGAAGCACAUGAAUCACAAAAAAUCUCGUUUGACCGAUUUGUUCCGCAAAAUGGACAAAGAUAACAAUGGCCUUGUACCUAGAGGCGAAUUUAUUGAUGGCAUCCUUAGCACCAAAUUUGACACUUCUCGCAUGGAAAUGGGCGCAGUUGCCGAUUUGUUUGAUCGCAAUGGCGAAGGACUAAUUGACUGGCAAGAGUUUAUUGCCGCUCUUCGUCCCGAUUGGCAAGAACGUAAACCACAAACUGAUUCCGACAAAAUACAUGACGAAGUUAAACGUCUGGUAAUGCUUUGUACAUGUCGCCAGAAAUUCCGUGUCUUCCAAGUCGGUGAAGGCAAAUACAGGUUUGGCGAUUCCCAAAAACUGCGUUUGGUUCGUAUAUUACGCAGUACCGUUAUGGUACGUGUUGGUGGCGGCUGGGUCGCCUUGGAUGAAUUCCUGCAAAAGAACGAUCCUUGUCGCGCUGACGAGCAUUUGGCUGAACUUAUGCCAAUAUUUGAGCGUAUUCGUGCACAAGAGCAAGUACCUUGCGCCUUUCCAAUACAUAUGGGCGCCGGUGGCACCGUAUUUGUACGUUGCAAUAGUAGUCGUUCAGUACCUUUAAGUCCACAUGUAAUGCAUUGUCAUCCAACAACACAUUGGGUACGUGAACGGUCCGGUCGUUCAAUACCAAUGACGAAGCAAACACGUUCGUCCUUAUCUGCCUCAACACCCGAUUCAUUGAGUGACAACGAGGGAAGUCAUGGCAAUGCCUCAGGACGCUAUACACCACGCAAGGUUACAUAUACCAGCACCCGUACUGGAUUAACUCCUAGUGGCUCACGUGCAGGUUCUAAGCCAAACUCACGGCCCCUGAGUAGACAAGGGUCCAAGCCCCCAUCACGCCAUGGUUCGACACUAUCCCUAGAUAGCACUGAUGAACACACGCCUUCUCGCAUUCCACAACGUAAACAGUCUGCAGCCAGCACAAUCUCUGGAACUGGCACAACUCCAAGGCCAUCUAGGCUGUCGGUGACAUCAACAACAACAACUCGAACAAAUGGCACAACAACAAUAACACGAAAAACUGCUUCCGGAUCUGCCAGUCCCGCACCCACUAGAAACGGAGGCAUGAGUAGAUCAUCCAGCAUACCAGCACUAACAGGCUAUGGUUAUAAACCUAGCUAUCGUCCAUCCAAGAUACCGGUUAAAGUAUCAAACUCAUUUGAUAAAUCGUUAAGUGCUAACAGUUCGCCAACAAGUUCAACUGUAAACAGUCUAAAUCCAAAUGUUAGCUUGGGGCGCAAUAUUAGUGGCACAUCGACUCCUUCGGGCAUGCAAACACCUAGGAAGAGUUCGGCUGAACCUACAUUUAGCUCAACAAUGCGUAGCAGAACAUCAAGGGGUACAACGCCAGUGGAAAAGAGGGAACCAUUUAGGCUCUAAAUUUAAACGUCUAAACACACAAAACAACCCAACUCUAUUUUCCCCCAACUUACUACUUGACAUUUCUAAAAUACCUUUAAUCUUUAUCUGAUAACAAACUACCUAUAACACAAAAACGUUAACUGAGCACACACUCCUCCACAUAUAUAUAAGUAUAAAUUUACAAACAUACACACCACACGGAAAGCAGCGCUGUACAUUGUCUGAAAUGUAUGCAAGAACAUAUGAUUUCUAUGGUGAAACCAUUUUCGCCAGAUGUUUUUUUAACAUUAAUGGUUUCAAAUAGACAUUCUAAAUAACUAGACAAUAGUUAGAGCUAUAAAGAUGGAAAUGAAAAUCAUCAAACCAACCAACCAACACACAAAUUCAUAAAAAGACAUAAACCUCCCUAAUUUGUACUACAAAAUCCUAUUGCUACUUUUUACUAUUUAUACAAAAUUUAUAUAGAAACGUAUAUAUAUGUAUACUUUAAACUUAAUUUAAUUUAACUAUAACUAAAACACAAACUCCAUUCUACUUUUAAUUUGCAAUCACUACAGAGUUCUGUAUUUAAUUGAAUAUAUCUACCACUUUCUUUAUUUUUGUGUUAUUAUUUUUUUGUUUUUUUGAAAAGAAAAACUUAUUUUUGUACAUAAACAACUAUUAUAGAUCAACACUCCAAGUGCUUUAAGUCAAAAAAUUUGCGAAAUGAAAACCAUAAAAACCAAAACAAAAACAAUUAUCGAAUUAAAGACAUUUUCGAAUUUGAAAAUCUGAUAAGGUUCUAUUUGAAAUCGCCAGUUCAAAUAGAGUCUUAUCGGAUUUAAUUCUGAAUUCGAGCGUGUCAAAAAAGAAACAAAAAUUCUCCAAAUAUACAUGAGUAGAAUAAACAAUGUUUUUUUUCUGUUUAAAUUUUUGUUAAGAUGCGAAUUAAUUUUAUUUAAUAAUACUAUCAUUAAUUAAUAAUUUAAAGAAAGAAAAAAAAAACAAAUUACUAAAAGUCAUUAUUGUAAGUUUAAUAUUAUUAAUACUGUUUAAGAAAUAACUACUUAUUUUUUUGUUUUUUUUUUUAUGUAAUAAUAUAUUUAAAAUAAAUAUUUGUAAAUUACUAAUACUAAAUUAUUAUGUUGUCGAUUUAAAAAUGAAUAAUUAAUUUUUUAUUUUUUUAUAAAUCACAAAAUUGAAAAUAAAAAAUGAAUAACCAACAAA